GGAAGCGAUAAGGCACAGAGGAGAGACGUGGAAAGGAUCCUCGCACAGAUUCAGCGAGACCCAGCGGAAUUCGAAGCGAGCGGAGAUGGACGUGAAAUCCCUGACGAAGCCCCCAGCCCUCUUCAAAUACGCCGAAAUCCUGCUGGGGAUCGUGGCGCUCUCGCUCUACCGGGCAGCGGAGAAAGAGAGCAGCUACACUCUGAGGAACGCGGACGAGUUUUACGUGAUCAUCGGGACUCAGCUGGGGCUGUUCCUCUGCAAUAUCACCUUCCCAGCCGCCUACCUUUUCGGCCACAAUCCCAGAACCAUCGAUACUUUGCAUGGAGGAAUGUGCGCGCUCUUCUACCUGGUCGCUGGGAGCUGUCUCGUCGACAUGGUGGCCAAUCAUGUUCGAGGGAAGAUGACGCGAUUGGUCCUCACCUCGGGGGUCUUCUCGUUCUUCCUCAGCAUCGUCUUCAUCGCGGACGUCUUCUUCGUCGGGUGGCGGUGGCGCAGGGAAGUCGGAUAGACCCUCGUGUAAUAAAAUCAUCCCAUCGUAA